CAGGAAUCAAACCGAGUGACAGACGAUCUAAACAUUCCGACGAAACUGACAGGCAGGGCCCCUUGCAUCCGUAACAGGAGCUGAGACGACGCGGACCAUAUAACACUAGCCUCCGACGCAGAGCAGCCGCGCCAGAAGGUUCUAGAAGGCGCCGACCUCGCUAAUGGCGCUCGCGCUGUCCACGCUCCCGUUCGCGCCCUCUAAUCAUUCGCUCUCCUCCCGCGCCCCCGCCGCGUUACCCCCUCGUAGGGUCCACCUCGCCGCCGCCGGUAGGAGCGGCGUCCUCCCGCUUGCGUGUGCUGCGCCGCGGCAUCGCGGGCGGGCUCCGUGGCGGCGCCGCGGAGUGGGCCUGGUGGUCUGGGCGUCGGCAGACUACUACGCGACGCUGGGCGUGCCGCGCUCCGCGAGCAACAAGGACAUCAAGGCCGCCUACCGGAAGCUUGCGCGCCAGUAUCAUCCUGAUGUUAAUAAGGAGCCUGGAGCAACUGAAAAGUUUAAAGAGAUAAGUGCAGCGUAUGAGGUUCUGUCAGAUGAAAAGAAGAGGGCGUUGUAUGACCAAUAUGGUGAAGCUGGGGUUAAGAGUGCAGUUGGAGGCUCGGGUGGAGCUUACGCGGCUAAUCCAUUUGAUCUGUUUGAGACAUUCUUUGGAGCAAGCAUGGGUGGUUUUUCUGGUAUGGACCAGAGCACAUUUAGGACACGCAGGGGAAGCACUGCUGUUCAGGGUGAAGACAUCAGAUAUGAUGUGAUUCUGGGGUUCACAGAGGCGAUAUUUGGAACAGAGAAGGAUAUCAUAUUAUCUCAUUUGGAAACAUGUGAUACAUGUGGUGGUUCUGGAUCAAAGGCUAGCUCCAAGAUGAGAAUAUGUUCCACAUGCGGUGGGCGAGGGCAAGUAAUGCGAACUGAGCAAACACCAUUUGGUCUGUUCUCCCAGGUUUCUAUUUGCCCCACUUGCGUAGGAGAGGGUGAAGUCAUUUCAGAGUAUUGCAGGAAAUGUUCUGGAGAGGGGCGUAUUCGUGUUAGAAAGGAGAUCAAAGUAAAAAUUCCUCCAGGAGUUAGUAAAGGUAGUACUCUUCGUGUGCGUGGGGAAGGUGAUGCGGGACCAAAAGGAGGACCCCCGGGAGAUCUUUAUGUUUGCCUCGAUAUAGAGGAGCCAUCAGAUAUUAAAAGGGAUGGCAUAAACUUGUAUUCAACAUUAUCAAUAAGCUACGUUGAAGCUAUUUUGGGCACUGUUAAAAAGGUCAGAACUGUUGAUGGAACUAGUGAACUUCGAAUACCUACAGGUACCCAACCUGGUGAUGUAAUUGCCUUAGCGAAGCAAGGCGUUCCACAAUUGAAUAAGCCAUCUAUACGUGGUGAUCAUCUGUUCACUGUUAAGGUCACUAUACCCAAACGUGUAAGUGGGCGCGAAAGGGAGUUACUUGAGGAACUUGCAUCUUUGAGUGAUGGUGGUUUUGCUCGUGCACCUGCCAAACCAAAACCCGCUAAGCCAAAAACCGUACAUCAAGAGAAAGAAGUUGGUGCUAGUCAAGAAGAUACAGAUAAACCUAAUGAAGGAGAUGCUGACUGGUUGAAGAAAGUUCCAGAUUUUGCAGGAUCCAUUGCCAAUGGCAUCGCAAAGUGGCUGAAAGACAACCUGUAGGCUGCAAAUAUUUACUGCGGGAUACACUAUCUUCAAUUACCAUCUUGCUGUAGUCCAAUCUGCAAUUCUUCUAUUCAUUGGGAUCCCCACGAGCUGUUCAUUCUUUUUGUUGGACAGGUUUAAGGUUUACAGUCUGCACAGUGGCAACGGAGAGACUUGAGACUUGUCAACUAAUCUAGUUGGCCCAUGCUUUAGCGUCAUUCUUGUAAAACAAGAUUUUUGAUGCAGUUGCAGUUGCAGUUACUUCCAGUUUCCAAGUGCAUAUAGUAGUCUGAAGUCAUGGGUUGCUGACAUCAAACGCAGAGAAGCCACAAUGUUGUAAAUAUAUCUUUUGAUUCCUGCAACAGUGCAUCGUGAAAUUUCGGGUACUGUUGUUGAGGCUUUUCGUUGACAAAAUUCAGAAUAAACGGACACUCACAUUCUGA